UUCGGUGAGCUCGUUUCGGUGUGUAGAUGCAUGCUGCAAGACUUUCAAGAAUCUGUCUCCUGAAGAAUCAAGGAAGGACAGGAAGAGCUAAUUCUGUUGCGUUACUGGAAAUGCCGUGACCUGAAUCAUAACCGUAAGACUGUCUCCGCGAAGCGUGCAAACCAAAGUGCGUGCAUACGAUGCAGAGUCCAAGGGUCGCUGUGCUACAGUUCAGCUCAGCCAAGACGUGCUUCAUCAGUGUACCCAGUACAUGGGUAAAGGAGUUCAAACUAUCCCAGCUGGAACAGGCAGGUAGUGCAGUGUUUGAAGUGACUGGAGAUGGAGGACAGAAGGUGUUUGUCACCUGGUCAGGUGAGACAGUCAGGGACAGAGCCAGGACAUCCCUCAGUCAGGAGGAUGUGGUGGAGAUCAGCGGCAUGUACGGCCAGAAACUGGGACUCAAGCAUGACCAGGAAGUGUUGGUAAGGCUGGUAUCUGGAGUACCCAACUGUACCCGUCUGCAUGUGGAACCAGUUUCUGUGGAUGACUGGGAAAUUCUGGAACUCCAUGCCAGCUACAUUGAAUCUCACCUGCUGGACCAGGUGCGGGUUGUUUGGACGGGGCAGGUGCUACCUGUGUGGGUUCAGGGGAACACCUGCAUUUUUGUGCAAAUAGGGUUGGUGGAUCCCAGUGCCCCGUGUGUAUGUCUUGGUCAACUGACAGAACUUAUAGUUGCUCCCCGGAGCAGAGAUGGUCCAAAAUCUGUGCAAUCAAAUCAAAACACCUUCAAUGAUACCAAACAGAAGAUGACCAAAGGCAUGUUAAACUCACCCCCUGUGGUGGAUAGUAGUACUGAUGAGAAUGAUUUGCAUCCAACAAGAACUGCAUCACCUGAUAAGGAUAAAACUAAAACAGAAGAUAGUGCAACAAAAUCGUACUUUGACUUAUUCUGGUCAUACCUUCAAUCCCUAGUUGGUAGAAAGAGCACUGAAAAUGUGCAGAAUGUGAAUGGAGCUAGUUCAGAAAGACCAGAUCAGCAUGUUAUAUGGGACUUUGACUUUACUACCAGAGUACAGGCAUUUCCUGACAGGUAUAUUGAAGAAGCUAUGCAGCACAGCACUGCAGAGACAGAUGAAUCUAUGGUAGAUGAAGUAGAUAGAAAGGCUGAAGAAGGGAGCAAAGGAAGUUUGCACAGCCAGCACAUGUUUUCUGGACUUCUCCAGCCAACCACAGUUGUCAUCCCUACAGGUCUUUCAGCAAACCCUUCAGACUGGAAGAAGGAAAAUGUCAGAACAAUUCUAGCAGUUAUGACUAAGAUGCAGUCUCCUUUAGAACAGCAAGAAGAGGCUAAGAAGAACUUGCUACAACAGGGUGUAGAAAGACUCCCCUUUGGGCAAAAUCCUCCUAAAGGGAAGGAAUCUAAGAAAGAGGCAGAAAAGCCCAGGAAAACUUUGGCAAGUUCUUUUGUUGUAUGUGUGGUUACCACAGCUUCCAAUGUUAGAAUGGUUGGUGAAAACCCUGAGGGGAAUGCUCUUGGAAGAGUUUGUUUGCAGAAUGGAGUGGAGUCACAGGUGACAGACUUGGUGAGGAGGCAGAUUGGAGUGGGGGUGACAUCAAAGGCUAGAAUGUCUCCUGUGAUGCAUGAACCACUAGCUGUUCAAGGAAUCAUCAUUCACCCCCUCCACACACUGCCCCCUAGCAUGACAAAGGAUAUGUUGGUGACAGCUUUCCACCAUUGGCUGUCCUGUGUGAGUGAUGUGAGCAUGCCUCUGCCUGUCACUCAGGGAACACUCAUCAGGCUACCCUUGUUCAAAGACUUGAUGGCUGAUUGUCUCCUUGUGCUGUCCCCACAUCCCACCAAGCCGACCCCCUCUCCAGUCUACACCCUCCUACACCCCGCCAUGAUUGGUACGAUCCGUCUGGAGGUAGGGGAGAGGCUGACGGAGACAAACAAACCCAGCUGGCUGGAAAGGCUUCCGUAUGACAGUGAGCAGGAAGUGGAUGGGAAGGUUCCCGUCAUCCGACUCCAAGAUCUUGGGGGAGUUUCAGAAAAUGCACAGCAGGCCUUGGAUCAUCUCACCACCACCCUGGCAGAGUGCCCCCUGGUGUCUCAGCUGAGUACUGCAACCCAAGGUCUGGCCAAUGGUGGCUUGCUUCUCUGUGGUGCUAGAGGGAUUGGUAAGACAGUUCUUGCCCAUGCUCUCUGCAGCGAGCUUGCAGGACUGCCCCAUAACACCUACCUUAGUAUCAUCAACUGCAAGAGUCUGAAAGGAAAGAGGGUGGACAACAUCAGGAAGAAAUUUGAGGAGGCAGUUGGAGAGGCAACAUGGCAUCAACCAUCUGUCAUCUUAUUGGAUGAUCUAGAUCAUGUGACCAGCAAUGCCACCAGUCCCGAACAGGAGAUGAGCGGAGAGGCGAUGUACAGCAACCACCUGGCGCAGGUGGUCAGGGACAUGGUGGAACGGGAGAUCCGCGCAGGCACCUGCCUCGCCCUCAUUGCCACCUGUCAAUCAAAACUCAGCAUCCAUCCAUCACUGAUUGCAUCUAGAGGCCUUCACAUAUUUCAGAGCAUAGUUGAAAUCAAGCCACCCAAUGCACAGCAGAGAGAGGAAAUUUUACAAGCCAUCCUGACUGCCAAAACUGCACUUGACUUGACCUCUUGGGAAACAGUAGACCUAAAAGCGCUAGCUUCCCAGACUGAUGGUUUUGUGGCUAGAGAUUUGGAGGCAGUUGUUGACAGAGCAAUACACAAAGUGGCCUCACAGAAGGCAAAACUGGGACAUGAAAAUGAAGAAUUCAUCCUCACAACACAAGAUUUUAAGGCAGCUCUUGAAGGAUUCGUGCCUUCCUCUCUACAUGGGGUAUCCCUUCAUAAAGCCGAGGACUUGAGUUGGUCAGAUGUUGGAGGGUUAGAUGACAUCAAACACACCUUGAUGGAAACCUUACAGUGGCCCACAAAGUACCCAGGUCUGUUCUCUAGCUGCCCACUGAGACCUAGGUCAGGUGUUCUUCUGUAUGGGGCGCCAGGAACAGGAAAGACACUCCUCGCAGGGGUCGUGGCCAAGGAGUGCGGAAUGAACUUCAUUAGCAUCAAAGGUCCGGAACUUCUCAGUAAAUACAUCGGAGCCAGUGAACAGGCCGUGAGGGAUCUCUUCGUACGCGCGCAGGCAGCCAAGCCAUGUGUGCUGUUUUUUGAUGAGUUUGACUCCAUUGCUCCCAGGAGGGGCCAUGAUAACACAGGUGUGACGGACCGUGUAGUGAACCAGUUCCUGACCCAGCUGGACGGAGUGGAGGGUCUGCAGGGGGUGUACGUCCUGGCAGCCACCAGCCGACCGGACCUCAUCGACCCCGCUCUGCUGCGCCCGGGCCGGCUGGACAAGUGUCUCCACUGCCCACUACCUGGCAAGGAAGACAGAGUGAAAAUCCUGAAGGCACUGUCAAAGGACCUGGAUCUUUCAGAAGACGUGGACCUGGCUGGUUUGUCUGAGAAAUGCCAGCACUUUACAGGUGCUGACUUCAAGGCACUGUUCUACAAUGCACAGCUGGAGGUCAUCCAUUCCAACAUGGGGGUGUCAGCUUUGUAUGGGAGGGGAGCAGGGAUGGAUGAUUCCACUGGAGUGCAGGAAGAGGAAAAAGAACAAGGUGAGAGUAAAGCUACAGGUAUCUCAGAGAUGGAGGCCAAGGUCAUGCUGAUGCCAUCUCUCCAGGAGGGCAAGGUCACGGUGCACCAGGACAGACAUGAGAAGCUGCUAGAGCAGGUUGCCACCAUUUGCAGAAACUGGGAUGGGGAUGAGAAUCCUGUGGGUGACACAUCAACUGAAGAGCCAGCCAAGGCCCCCAUGAUCCACCAAGAACACCUGAUGAAGGCUGCUACAACAAUGAGGCCAUCUGUGUCGGAGACGGAGAGAAUUAAGUACCAGAUGAUAUAUGAAAACUUCAUGGAGAGCAGGGGAGGAAAUUUUCAGAGUGUGCAGUCAACCUCCUUGAAGAAGACAACAUUAGCAUAAUGUAAACCUUUGUGGGAACUUUCCUUUACACCUUGAAAUUGCUUGGAAAUACCCAGCCACCAUUCACUGUCAGACAGAUAUGUAGUCUGCAACAUAUACAUGAACUUUUGACCGGACCGGAGAAGGACGUGAUACUAGUAACAAUUAACAUUUUCAAGAUUUUGAAUAAAGGAGAAACACGUACAAUUGCAAAACAGGAUAAAACGUCCACCCACAAUCUGCUAAAAUCACAGUCUUGUUUGAUUACAAUGUGUUAAACUUCAUUUGCAACAAAAGAGGCCUUUCUCUUUUUCUUGCUCAUUUUAGACAUGUUAGAUAUUAUUACAUGGAAACUGAUGUAGUAAUGUUGGGGAUGUUUCAGUUACAAGCUCACACCUUCUACCCUGUCACUCAAUGACUUGCUUUUACAUCCAUUCUGCUGCAUGCAGCUAGUCUUUAUAGAUAUCAUUUGUCCCUAAUAAGUCCCUAAUUGCAUGCUACUCCAAAAACUCGGUCCUCUAAAUUCUAGUGCAGUCUUCCUUGUCCUUGCUGAUAAUUUCACCCUAACCUUGGGAGAAAAAUAUCUGAGAUGAGGAACAUUAAUUUUGUCUUUCAUGCCCUUAGAGAAAAUUGGUCCUUAACAGAAAAUCGUGGUCUUUUUAUGCAGCACGUCAGGGAUACCAACCUUUGUGUGUGUCCUAGAUUUCUUGAUGAUCUUAUUUCCUGGCAAGAUAUUAGUCAUUAGAAUGUUUUUCAAAGUGAUUUUCUUCACUAUUAAAGAAUAUGUUCAAUAGAUUUCCUGUAUGAAAAAUAAAUAUGUGAAAGGAAACGCCUGAAUAUAAAGCAGCUGU